UCCGCGGAUACUCUUCUUUUUUUGCGGCAUUUUUCAAUUUCACAUUUUUCCAAAGUUAUGCGAUUUAGGGGAAAACUGGUGGAUAUCGGGUGUAUACAACACUUUACCCGUGUUGUGACAACCAUUUCAAAACUGAUUAAGAACUGUGUUUUACGAGUGACUACAUCAGCGCUUUAUUUCAUCCUGUCAGAAAAAGUUGUAAAUGGCGGCAUUCAGAUUUGGUGUGAACUUCCACAGGGCCACUUUUUUGAUGAAUAUGCAAUGGAGGGUGUGUCAGCAGAAGCCAAUGAAAUCUAUUUAGAGAUGGCCCCUGAAAAUCUUGUAAAAGCCUUAAAAACUGCACAAAUGGCAAAGUGGGUCAAGGUGAAAUUGACAAAGAAACAUGCUCCUUGUCUAACUGUAGAAGUGGACUUGCCAACUUUGGGUUCGCAUUCACGCGUUGUUGUACAUGAUAUACCAGUCUCUGUGGUACCAAGACGGUUAUGGGAGGAGUACCAGGAACCAAAAGUGCCACAGUUUGAUGUCAGUAUUAUGAUGCCACAGAUCAAAGUAUUGAGGAAUGUUGUCGACAAGAUGAAAAACCUUAGCAACAACUUGUUGUUGUCAGCAAACAGACAUGGGGAGUUGAAAGUAUCUGUGGAAACUGACAUGGCAUCAGUGAGUACUCAUUUCCAGGAUUUGAUCAACCCUACAUCAAGAAGUGACAGUGGACGGACUGCACAGCUAUCGCCCAAUUUUGACCCAGAGGACUUUGCAGAAGCAAGGAUAGAUAUACGAAAGUUUGCACAGUUUCUUGCAGGGCAGCAAGUCAGCCCAAGUCGAGUCAUAUGUAAUAUAGCAGACAAUAAAGUGGUGCAUUUUUACCUGAUGAAUGAUGACGUGUCCCUGCAGUAUUUCAUGCCAGUAAUGGUUGCUUGAUGACAAUAUGGUGGCGAUCUGCAUGAUUAUUGGAAAGCUUCAGUUAUAUAAUAGCAGUCUUCCUGAGUUAGGAGAUUACUGUUUAAAUUCAGGUCUGAAAUUUACCACUGGCAAGAAUGAAUACUCAGACUUUGCAAACAUUGAGUGACAAUACUUGAGGCCUGUAAUAGCAUGAAGAUAUCUUUGGCUGUAGGUGGGUCUAUCAGUUUGAUCUGCAAUGAAUUUAAUCCAAACCGAUGUAACUAUGGCAAUUUCUUAUGGAGGAGUUCUUUUUUUAUGCCCCCAGCAUCUACUGAUGCGGGAGGCAUAUAGUGAUUGUCCUGUCCGUCCGUUCGUUCGUCCGUCCAUCCGUACGAGGUUAACCAAAUGGGACCGUUUCAACUAGCAUCAAUACCCCUUACUAGAAUGACUUGAUACUAAUGCAGAUGUAACCUGUGACCAUUCCUCAUCUUCAGACAUCACCUGACCUCAGUUUGACCUUGACCUUGACCUCAUUUUGGACUUAAGUUGCUAUAUAUGGGCCAUCUCUUGGUUUACCAAAUGGGACCGUUUCGUCUAGCAUCAAUACCCCUUACAAGAAUGAAUUGAUACUAAUACAGAUGUAAACUGUGACCAUUCCUCAUCUUCAAACAUCACCUGACCUCAGUUUGACCUUGACCUUGACCUUGACCUCGUUUUGGACUUAGGUGCAAAAUCUAUCGACAAGGAUGCCACUGGGGGCAUCAAGCAUUUAUUGAACGCAGCUCCUUGUUUUGUUGAG